GCAUACCAUGACAUCGAGACUCGGCCUCUCCGUUCUCAAACGCGCAAACCCUAUCGCAAACUCUCGUUUGACUAAGGCAAGCUUUUCGAGCACAGCAAGGACCUUUGACGGGGCGCGUGGACGUGAAACAGGCCCCCUGCCUCCUUAUGGCCCCGUUGGCGUUGCCAAAGCCCUAGAAGCGCCUCCUGACGCUCCUGCGAAGCCUACGCUCUUGACAAACGAAUUCUCUCUCGCCGACCGCGUCGCGUUGGUCUCAGGCGGGAACCGCGGCCUAGGGCUGGAGAUGGCCCUCGCGCUCAUCGAGGCCGGCGCACGCGCGGUGUACUGCGUGGACCUCCCCAGGCAGCCGGGCGAAGAAUGGACGAAAGUGCGGGACUACGCGGCCCGUCUCGAGGGCCUCCCGAGCGAGGGCCGCCUCGAGUACAUGAGCGCGGACGUGCGCGACCAGGAGGCCGUGUGGAAGCUGGGCGAGACGAUCGGGAACAGGGAGGGCCGGGUGGACGCGUGCGUCGCAGCGGCGGGUGUGCUGAAGAGCCACACCGACUGCUUGACGUACCCGGCGAAGCAGUUCCAGGAGGUGAUGGAUGUGAACGUAAACGGCGUGUUGUUCACUGCGCAAGCCGCAGGUCAACAGAUGGCACGCUUCGGGAACGGAGGGAGUAUCAUCCUCGUCGCGAGUAUGUCCGGUAGCAUUACCAACAAGGACCACGCCUGGGUAUCAUACAACACGUCCAAGUCGGCCGUGCUGCAAAUGGCGCGCAGCAUGGCCUGCGAGCUCGGUCCCAAGCGCAUACGCGUCAACACGCUCAGCCCAGGGCACAUCUACACAAACAUGACCGCAGCAUACCUUGAUACGCAGCCGCACCUCCUCGAUAAAUGGGCGAGCCUGAACCCCCUCGGGCGGAUCGGGCGCCCCGACGAGCUGCGAGGCGUCGUGGCCUGGCUCGCCAGCGACGCGAGCACGUUCUGUACGGGAAGCGACAUUCUCGUGAGCGGCGGACAUCAUGCAUGGUGACAUGACAGUUACGCCACGAGCGCUAUUCUGUGGGUGUCUGAUGGGUGGUGCGAGCAGAGGCUUCCGAGUACACGACUUGUGGGACUUGAGGUAUUUUGGGAGACUGGCCGACGGUUAGGUUGUCUGUGUACGAUAGCGCGUCAUCGAUAUGAGUGGCCCGCCGCCACCGAGGAGAACGCUAUGCGACUGGCAGGGCGGGAAGGUGGAACAUCUGACAUGUGUGUGGUCCGAGGCGGUCCGUACAGCGGGGGGAACGCGUCUUCGAAAACGACAGCGACCACAUAAAUAGCGCGCGAGCUU